AUGAACACGGCAACCAGAACCCUGCGUUUGGCAGCGCGGCAGCGCUUCAGCACUCGCGCCGCCCAAGCAAUCCCUAAUAUAACCCCACUCACCAGACUCACAUUCGUGAGGGCCAUGCACACCCCGCGCAAAGAGCAACAAGUGUGGCCCACGGACACCACCAGCCCCGAGCCACGCUCACACCCCAACAAAGACAACAAACCUGCCAUAGACGAGAAUGUUGGCAAGAAAGGAUUCGCCGACUUCAACGUCGCAGGCAAGGCACUGGUCGAGGCAGGCGGGAAGGUCUACGCGCUCGACCGCUCUCCCGAGCCCGACGAGCAAUGGGCCGAAGCCAUCGCGCGCGUGGUCCCGUCGGCCGGCGGCUCGCUGCACUACCGGCAGCAAAACGUGGCGGACACGGCGCACCUGGACUCGCUGAUCGCGUCCAUCGCGGACGAGAACGGGCGGCUGGACGGCGCGGUGGCGGCGGCGGGCGUGCAGCAGGUGACGGAGGCGCUCGACUACACGCCCGAGGACGUGGCGCGCAUGCUGGACGUCAACUACACGGGCGUGUUCAUGACGGCGCAGUCCGUGGCGCGCCAGAUGUUUCGCUACAAGAUGCGGGGCAGUAUCUGUCUGAUUGCGAGUAUGUCCGGGAUGGUGGCGAAUAAGGGGCUAUUGUCGCCCGUGUAUAACUCGAGUAAGGCGGCGGUGAUCCAGUUGGCGAAGAAUUUGGCGAUGGAGUGGAGUCCGGUGAGGGAGGAUGGCACGGGAGGGAUUAGGGUCAAUUGUAUUAGCCCGGGGCAUAUUUUGACGCCGAUGGUGUUGAAGAACUUUGAGGAGGUGCCCGGGCUGAGGGAGACGUGGGAGGGGGAGAAUAUGAUUGGGAAGGCUGGCGGAGACGACUGA